AUGCCUUCUAUCACAGAAACUCACCGGAAGCUUCUCGGCACCUGGGCCCUCGUUGAAUACAAAGCUAUCGACACCGAGACCGGCCAUGUUAGCCAUCCUUUGGGCCAAAAUGCCCAGGGUUUUCUCAUGUACAGCGCAGACGGAUUUGUGUCUGCCCACCUCAUGCAGCCUGGAGCGCCAGCUUUCUCUGGCAAGGAUGUCGAACGAGCUACGCAGGAGGAGCUCUCCGGGGCCAUGAAGCACUACAUGGCUUAUUGCGGCCAUUACUACCUGGAGGAGGUAGACGGAGGGAUUCUGCUCAAGCACAACAUGGAAGUCUCCUUAUUUCCCCACUGGCUUGGAAACGAGCAAGGGCGCUUAGUCACAUUGAACGGUGACAAUCUGGAGCUCAACACUGCUAAUUCGUAUCUCGUUGAUGGCCAGUGCGUGCGCGGGUCAGUUAAAUGGCAAAAGGUACAGUCAAUAGCCGCUAAUUGA